AUGGAAGAGUUUGGGAACAACAGCAUCUCAGCCUCCAAGUGUGGCUCAGGAAGCAGACUGUCUAGAAACUGGAGGGUGUACCGCCACAGUCAAACUCCACACCUGCCACUAUUCCCAAAGUGGAUUGCGCGCCGGCGGAUACCAGCGUUUGACACCAGAAACGAGAGCCCGUUUGGGGCUUGCCUCCCUGCUUCACCGGGUUUGGGUGAACUACGUCAUUCGUGUGCGCGGAGAAAGAUACAGUCCGCCAACGGAAGUGGAUACUUCGUCACAACAUCCGGUUUUGAUGAUGACAGCCAGAGUCCACCUGCUGUGAAGAAGAAGAGGACUCCCUGCUUGGAUGACCUGUUUCCAGCAGAGGACGAUAGUGAACUGCAGCCCAUGAAACAGAGGAGCAUCCCAGACAGAGUAGACCAGGAAAUACAGGUGUACAGAGGCCUUCCUCGCACCAACAUGCAGGCCAACACUGCCAUUUGGUGGUUUGGUAAGAGAGACACUCUGCCCCUCCUAUAUGAUCUUGCUCAAACAUAUCUGUGUGUCCAAGCUAGUUCUACGCCAAGUGAACGUGUUUUUUCGACCGCUGGUGACACGAUUAGCGAAGAGCGGGUCAGACUUAACCCAGAAAAAGCAGAAUUGUUGAUUGAUGACUGUUGCGUUCUUAGUGUCAUAGUGUGUGUAGUUAGUAUGUUCCAAUAGCUGUAGUUAGUAUGUUCCAAUAGCUGUAGUUAGUAUGUUCCAAUAGCACCAGAAGUGCACUUUUUAGAGAGCUGUAUUAUUUUCAGUUUUGUGCCCAAGGGAAUUAUUUUAUUUAACACUAUAUUAUUAUUUAUACACCUAUAGUGUUCACAGAGACAGGUUAUUUUUGUGUUACUGUAUAUAUUUGUUUUUCUGAAAAAUCCCACUUAAUAUACUUUGGGUAACAACAGUCAAUAUUUAUUUAUUUUUUUUUUUUUUUUUAGGGGGGUAACAGUCAAUAUUUAUUUAUUUAUUAGAUUUUAUUUUUUUCUUGUAUAAUAAAAGUGAGCUUUUGUUAAACCAAAUAUUGUGUGUUUUUUUCCAUAUACAACAACCUAUCUGGAUUCGAUAAGAGAAUCAAUAAGAGAAUCGAUAAGGAAUCGGUUUGAUAAGAGGAUUCGAUAAUGGGCUCAAACUCGAUAAUUUCUUAUCAAACAUCAUCCCUAGUCACGAGCAACAAAGGUAUUGGAAUAUGGCACUCUUUGUGAAUUGCUGUACCAAGGGAUUUCGGUCGGUGUCUAUAAAAGUACCGAAUUUGGUACUCACCCCUAUAGUAUAUCACAUACUACAUUAAAGAGUGGGACAGGAGGACACAAAU